GUGUACGGCGCUUCCGGUCGGAGUGAGGUUUUACGUCCGUCGGCUUGUUUCGAGGAUCGGAAAGUGCGCGCUACCGGGAGAUCGAGUGUCGCCGGGACAUCCGGAGCAUAUUCGGACAUCGCCGAAGGAGACGCUUCUUUAAUGAAAACACGGACUGGAUUACCGGGACCGGACUCACCUGACUGACCGACACUCUGGGAAACGCCGUGAGAGAACCUUCUGCUUUGGUUUCGGGACAUUGGGUUUCACCGUUUGGGAAUUGGACUGAACUGAACUUGCUCAGACAGACUAUGAUUUGGGUUUGAGAUUGAGUAAAAGGGAAAUUCUGGAAUGGACUUUGGAUGGAAUGGUGUGUCAUUUCACUAUGUGUAUUGUUGUCCCUGUCCCUGCUCUGUUAAAUACAAAUGGAUGCAUUUUGAGCGAACUCUGUUGUGGUGUGUAAUUGUUUGGUGGCCGAUGCUAAAUAUUUAGCUUUUGGGAAAUGUACCUUGGAGGGUUCAAUAUGUGUGAUUAUUAUCUUCUAUACUUGAGCCCUGUGUGCGGUUGACUUUAAAGGACAAAUAACGACUCCAACCCUGAAGAAACAUUGUUAGGCACCGACCUAGCUGGCACCCCAAGCAACUGUCAUUACCGUUACAACUGUUGAAGCUGAAAUUGUGGACACUGCAGCAGCUGAUACUAUGCCUCCUGUGGGCUUGGGUGUCCUUCUCUUAAUCUCUGUCUCAGUGUGUUACUGGGUGCCCGCAGGCUGCUAUGCCAACGGCAAGGUCACCAAAGUCUGUGGCAGCAUGGAACCCCACCAUGAUGUCCAUGGUCAAACCGCUCACAGCCCCUACCACCUAGAAACCAACACCACCACGUUUAGUCCCGGAGAAUCGAUCAAAGUCAUCCUCACCGGAACAUCGUUUUUUGAGGGAUUUCUACUUCAAGCCAGGGAUGCAGCCAAUCAGGGCUCCGUAACCACAGUUGGCACCUUCACCCUUACCAAUCGGAACAAGGCACAGCUGCUCACCUGUAAUAAGCACCAGGAUUCAGCAGUGAGCCAUACAAGUAAUGCCAGACAGACAGAGGUGUGUGUCAUCUGGAAUGCUCCUGCAGAUGCUCCCAAACAGGUUCAGUUUUUUGUGAGUGUAGUUACCCACUACAAUGUAUUUUGGGUGAAGCUGCCUGGACCAGUCAUCUAUCAGCAUGGUGUUGCUCCCCACCCGCCUCAGUCAGACACUACACCUCCUCCAGUACAACCUACUACCACACCCACCAUCCUGACUGGGCCUUUUACUUCUGACGGAUGUGGCCAAUCAAAAUCCUGCCUGCUGGAUCCUCCAGGCUGUGAUCCAAAAGAAGAUCCUCACUGCUUCUUCCUGUCCAUGACUCCUGAGGGACCAGACAAAACGUCUGUGAUUUUUGAGCUGAGUGGCCCGGCGGAGGGAUACAUUGCCUUUGCACUGUCCUGGGACACAUGGAUGGGCAACGACGACGUGUAUAUGUGUGUAAAAGAUGGGGAUAGAGUAUCAGUGAGUGCUGCCUUCGUCAGUGGAAGAACCCACCCUGAGGACCAGUCACAGUUUGGACUCUCCUCGGUGUUGUGGCGGCUGGCAGAUGGAGCGAUUCAGUGCAGGUUUAGCAGACCAGUCAAACUGGUCAACCAGGAAGCAGCUCGCUAUGAUCUGGACCAGGACUACUUUCUGUUUCUUACCAAUGGACAUGCUCAGUAUGGUAAAGUAUGGAAACAUAGUCACCAGCCAUUAAUCUCAACCCACAACAAACGCAUCACUGGACCCCCUGAGGUCCUACGAGGCUCCCGGGGACCCAUCAUUAUGAAAAUGCAUGGGGCACUAAUGCUGUUAGCCUGGAUGCUAACAGGAAGUGUUGGUACCGUCAUCGCCAGCUUCUACAAACCUGAUUGGCCAAAUCAAACUCUGCUUGGCCAGAAAGUCUGGUUCCAGGUACAUCGAGGCCUGAUGGUGCUAACUGUGACUCUGACCAUAGUAGCCUUUUGCCUCCCAUUUUUCUACAGGAAAGGUUGGAGCAAGCAUGCAGGUGUCCAUCCAUACCUGGGCUGCUGUGUUCUAACAUUAUCUUUGAUUCAACCAACAAUGGCUGCAAUCAGACCAUCAGCUGACUCACACAGGAGAUAUAUCUUUAACUGGGCCCACUGGGGGAUUGGGUCUGUGACUGAGAUCAUGGCAGUGGCAGCCAUGUUCUUGGGGAUACGUCAAUCAUCGCUGCCCCUCCCCCAGCCAUGGGCAACACAUGUUCUGAUUGGCUAUGUGACAUGGCUGGCCUCAUUUCGGUUCCUCCUCCUGAUACACAAGCACCUUUACACCAGGAAAUCAACGGGGUCAGCUGACCAACAAGCCAUCCUCUCUGACCAAGCAGAGCCUUAUAGCAGGGGGUUGGUCAUAAAGUCUCUCCUGUUGGCUGCCUUGGCUCUGGGAAUCUCUGGUCUCCUAAUGGCACUGCUGUCUUCUAUUGCUGAAAUUUGACAUUUAAUGGCAAAUAAACUACAUUUCUAUUUCUA